UACAUUCAACGUCUAGCAAGGAAGUGAGACUAGUACACCAUGCAUACAUUGCAUGUGGUACAUAGUGUCUAAGGGUGGAUUUCCACUGUCACUAAAUUUUUAGGUGCCCACGCGCCUAAAAUUUACUUGCGUAAAUGAAAUGGAGGUUAUGUAUGAAAAGCCGCGCGCAGACGUAAAAGUUGAGCGAGGUUAAACUUUUUUCCUAUUUUUGCGUUAUUCUUUGCCUAUAAGUGCACAACGUUUCCAAUGAUGACAAACUAAUUUGCGCGUGUAUCAAAAUACUAAUUAUUCGACAUAUUUUCAUGUUUCAAAAGGAUGAAUGCUAGUCAAUUUGUGAGAGAAGAGGCCUAAGAUCAAUCUGUAACUGUCAUAUUUUCCAAUUCUUUCGCAGGACUUAUACCCGGUCCCAAAAGCUAUUUUCUAGACUUCUCUAACGUGUUUGUCACUACGUGUGGUACCAGCUUCUACAGCCAAUGUCUGCCCCCUCAGUCUAUAAAUUUGGUAUUUUCCGCCACCGCCAUGCACUGGUUGCGCGAGAAGCCUUGUGACGUCACAGGAGCGUUGCAUCACACAAUGAUAACUGUUCCAGAAGAGGCGGAAAGGUUUAGAAUCCAGGCUGCAAAGGAUUGGGAAACACUCUUACUGGCUAGGGCCAAGGAGAUGGCUUCGGGUAAAUAGAAAAAUACAGACCCCUAUCUCACGUCUCUGGAUGUUUUUAAAAAGAGAGAUUUUUUUCGCCGUUUUACUUUCCGUCUAUACGUAAACGGCGUUUUCGGGUACCAAAAACGUGUGUUCUCGAACGGUCCCCAGAGUGCAGUUUUUGUAAUCGCCGGUUUAUCGUUUUCGUGUGGUCGGACGUAAAGGAAGGUUUUUGAAUGCGAAGAUGUCAUACAUCAUACAGCGCAUGCCCUGAAAGGUAUGCUAUCGUAUAUCCAUCGUUUUCGCGCUUUCAUGUGGACGGACAAAAAGGAAUCGAGUAAGCUACAUUUGGACGCGUAUCUUUCGAAGAAAAGCGAAAAAAAAUCUCCGUUUUCAGAAAUAUCCGGAUACGUGUGAAGACCCAGCAGUCAAAUCACCUCUGUUCGAUAGAGGCACGUUACUCUGCUUGGGAGUGUGCAAAUUUUCAGGAGAAGAAGCUCCGCCCCCCCGCCCUUCCAAGUUGCAGAUCCUUAACAUCACAUACACCUCUGCUAAGCAAAAAGGUACCCUUUUCAUCCAUAGAAUAUGGUACAUAUUUCUUUUACCUACAGAAGUGUUGGUUCAUCACCGAGCGACUUUGCCUUGACUGUUCUCUAUUUCUCCUAAUUUACUUAAAUGCCUCUUGGUGAGAAACUUGAAAGGUGCUAUGUCACGAAAUUAACAAACCUCAAACAGUUAAAGCUGCUCAAAACAUUACAAAAGGACAAAGAACACAGCAAAUACAAAAGAAGGAACGGACGGACACAGAAGAAGAUUGAAACGAAUAGCAAUUGCGGUUCUUAAAAACUUGUAAGCCUAGCAGUUUUUCAAAGGUCAUUUUUGUUAUUUUUCAAGUUUGAUAUAAUGCUUUGUGAGAGAUGUUUGUAUGAUACGAAGCUGUGAUUUUGCUACUUACAAGUAAAUACCGUAAAAUUCCGAAAAUAAGCCCCUCCAUGUAUAGGCCCCUCCAAAUAUAAGCCCCUAAAAAUCGUAACCCAAAAAACCCUCCGUUAAAUCGCCCCUCCGAAUAUAAGCCCCCCAGGGGGUUUGUACUUGGAAUUUGCCCUCGAAUACAAAGUAAAACAAAGGAAAAAUGGUUAAUUUCCUUCUCACUACAAGGUCUGCAACCUAGCCCAAUCGAUUUUGAAACGCAAAUUUCCUUUCGUACAUAAGCCCCUUCGAAAAUAAGCUCCUCCAAAAAUGUACCCCUCAAAAAGGGCCUUUGAAAAAUAUAAGCCCUAGGGCUUAUUUUCGGAAGUUUAAACGCCGUGUAUUUCACAUUCCUUAGCUAAUAAAAACGCGUUAUUGGCAAUCUGAUCAACCUAAUGAACUAGAACUGCCGUGACACAUGCCGUCCUUUAAAAAAACUGGCGAUGCAACUGCCUUAUAUGGUAGGUUACCGAAUUUGUUUCUUUUCUUCAAUUAACUCUGGUACUACCCUUGGGCCGGUUUUUUAGCGAUCCCACCGUAUUCCGGCGUGCCAAGGCUGACGAUGUUUACAGACUUUUUCAAUAAUGGCGAUUUUCAGAUAAAUAGUUGUUCCCUUUUCUAUCUUUUGAUUAAGGUGGUAGAAUGGUCCUUGUUCAGUUCGCUGUAGACGAUGAAGGACAGUAUCUAGGAGCAACGAAAAAUGUCCCCGUUUCCAUGCAUCGAACUAUGAGAGACUUGUGGAAAGGACUCCUUGACGAGGGCCUCAUAACGCAGGUCAGAUGUUCUCUCCUCAACUAUUGUUACCCACCGAAAUCCAGUCAAGCAACCAGCAAUAAAAUUAAAAAUUAAUAAAGUUAUUCGGAAUCUUGGUUCAGUCUUCCCUUCGCGCUGUUGUCGUGCUCCACGUUGUUGUUGAUGAUGUUUUAGGGGGAGGGGCAUGUGCACUUGGCUACUAUGAGUGGUGUUGCAUGAUUAGCCGCGCACAGUUUAUGUUCCUAAUAAGCGGACAAUUUUUGCCUGAUUCCUAAUCUGAUUUAGACUUUCUCUGGUUGAAAACCUUUUUUUCUGUAAUUGUCGAAAAAUACGUUAUCUUAAAAGCUCAUAUUCUACCUUAAAUGGGCAAUAAAACAAUCAAUUUGCUUCAUCGGUUGGUGGACACGGCGAGUGAUUCAUCUUGUUGACAAGAAAAUUUCUCUCUUUUUGCAGGAAGAGUUUCACCGGACUACGUUUGUCAAUUACUAUCGGACUGUAGAAGAGUUCAAGACCCCAUUUGAAUCAUCGGAUUCUCCCGUAAGCAUGGCUGGUCUGUCGCUGGUUUCCAUAGAAACCAAAGUAGUACCAUGCCCUUAUAGGGAAAAGUGGAUGCAAAAUCGGGGUGACCCAGCAAAGCAUGCGCGGUGGUUUAUGCCAACAACGAGGACAUGGAGUAAUGCUACGUUUACUUCCGGUAAGAGAAAAGUUGCCCCAUCAGACAUAAAUUGUUAACUCUUUAUCAGAUAUAGAAAUAAUAUAGAAAUUAAGCAUUAAUUUCUGUUGCUUUUUUCUUUAUGAAUUGUUCGUGAGGUUUCGAAGUUGUAUUAAAGUAUAUUUUAUGAAUUGAUUAGCAAGAAAAUUAGCAAAUAUAUAUCAGCCGGUUUCUCUGAAAUUCCCCUUCGAAAAGCUUGUUUCAUUGUUGUAACCUUACUUAAAAUUUAAAAAUUUGGGUUCUACUUUUUUUAAAUGCGCAACUUCUUUUUAGUAAUUGUAAGCAAGACCAGGCUACUCGUAGGGGAAAGCUGUUAUAAUACAAACACUUUCCAUGAGUUGCGUCAACAGUAAGAGUUUAUGAUUUCCAUGAUUUUUGGUAGUUAGUGCUUUGCUUUAGUGGCCUGGCGACAGCCUUGGUAAAUUAUUUGUGUUAUUCUUUAUGUGAUUUAAAAUUAUCGGUACAUAACUUGCGUGUUGCUGUUAAUAUCUUCCUUAGCACUGUCAGAUUUUCGAUCACCUGAAGAAAAGGCUACCAUCGUUGAUCAAUUCUUCAAGCGGUACGAAAUAGAGGUGGCCAAGCGCCCAGAGGACCACGGGAUGGAUUAUGUUCAUGCCUACAUAGUUAUUGCGAAGAACUGAGAGACACUCACUCCACUUACCAACCCUAAGUGGGUAAGCCGUCAUCAUGAAAUUCAGUCUCUUUAUCAUGUAACAGCUCUUGGACCGUCCAAGCGUACUUUCAUGUUAGGGCAU